AUGUUAAUCAUUCAGGUUACUUUCCCUAUCUUAGAGGAAUUAAGAUUGAAGCAGACCGAUACUGUGAAAGGGACAUGGCACAGCCAAGUACUUUCAAUAGAAUGUUUCAGGAAACUGAAAGUUCUUGAGCUCAUAUGCAUUCCUGAGGAAUCAACUGUUCUUCCAUAUUGCUUCAUCCAGUCAUUACCAAAUCUUGAAAAGCUAGUUCUGAGUGAUGCUUCCUUCUAUCAAAUAUUCCAGUCUGAAGAACUCAGUGAUGAGGAAAGACAUGCAUCCGCACUCACUCGGUUAAAUGAAUUGAGGUUGUCUAAACUUCCAGAGCUAACACAUCUCUGGGAGGAAGGGUUCCAACCCAUACCAAUUUUCUAUAACCUGAGAAUUCUUGAAGUGCUGGAAUGUGGCAAAUUAAAGACUCUAGUGCCAUCUUUGGUGUCUUUCGAAAAUUUAACCAAUCUGGAAGUUUCAAAAUGUCAUGGAUUCAUAAAUUUAAUAGCAUGCUCAACGGCUAAGAGCUUGGUGCUACUGGAGAGAAUGAGCAUAACUGAUUGUGAGAUAAUAGAGGAAAUCAUAGCAUGUGGGGGUGAUGAAAUGGAAGGUGGCAUUGUUUUCACCCGACUGAAGUAUUUGCAACUAAGUUGUCUACCAAGUCUAGCAAGCUUUUGCUUAGGGGAUCACAACUUUGAAUUCCCAAUCUUGCGAAAGGUGAUUGUGAGAGGGUGCCCAAAAAUGAAGAUUUUCUGUCAAGCAGAUUUAAGCGCACCAAAACUGAAGCAAGUGCAAAUGACAGAGGAGGAAGAAAAAGGAAGGUGGGAAGGCGACCUUAAAACUACAAUAAAACAGCUGUUCGAAGAAAUGAAUGUUGGACAUUCUGAAGCGACUGAGGUUACCAAUUAG